CUGUUAUUCUAGCCGCAUGCUGUAGUUAUUAAUGUCUGUUGACUUCGCUGCCCGCAUCUCGUUUCUAGCGUUUCUCUCACAUCCCCGUGAGCCAUAUCCUCAUCUAACUCUCCUGAACCAACUUUCAUUCCACUCGAUAUAGCAUAAUGGCUAUCAGAUUCACCGAUUACUCGCUGCAGAACCAGUCUCCAUUUUUCUUCAAUGUCCCGCCAGAAGUUUAUGACAUGGUCUUGAUCAACUUGUUUGGCAAACGCAGACUCCAUAUUGAAUGCGCUCCGCAGCCGAACGGCAACGCUCGGGGGCCGAAGGCAAGCCUUCGAUGGACGCAUUUUCAUUGUUUCGAAGGGCAUGUCUACCUUUCCAUUAUGAAGAAGAAGAUGGAUAUCGGAAAUCUUAAUUAUCAUCGAGGUUCAUUCUUACUUGCGAGCGAGCCUUCGAGCAAGGUAUAAAGAUUCUUUAUCAGUCAAAUACUUUCGAGAUUGAAGUUAUGAGUGCAUUUAUGGAGUUUCAAAGACAUCAAAUUGCUCCUGAUCUGAAUCAUUUACUCACACACAUCGAUACUCAAGUAUCGAUCGAAUUCAACGAUCUGGUCUGCUAUGGAAGCGAGCUUGAAAAGACGGGAAGACCACAGCCCAUAAAGUUCACAAUGCUGUGCCAUACUCUGUCAAAGAUGAAGCAAGAUCUCAAAUUGCGCUUUCAUGUGGAUAUGAGCAACAGGGAGCCCUGGCACACACACACACACACACACACACACUGCUGAGAGCAAAAGACUUGAGGGCGAGACUAUUAAAGCCGGACUUGAGACGCUUGUUGGCAAUGGGCGGGUCACUUGUGUGAAUCUGGUUGUGGCAUGAAUGGCUUCUCGGAACUUCUGAAGGGAAUACGGUCAGAAAAGCUAGAGGCAGGGCUGAAGCUUAACAUGUGUUCUCACAAGCCUCCGAGCCGCUAUGGCUCGUCUUCCGAGGGGGAACAAGAUGACGAAGCUUCAACUGAUGGUGAGAGCAAUGACCAGGUUGAUGAAGAAUUACAGUGACAAGUAACAGUACCUGGAAGCAGACUAGGUAGUAAGGUACCCAAGAAAGGUUGAGUCCUCGUGUACAUAGGUAUACAACCCAUAACUGGGCAGCUCUCUGGGUGCAAGAUCUCGAGGUUAAACUACACUUUUGCCCGUUCACUCGCUCUUAUGAAAGUAGGACCAGAGUUGAGUGUGUACAGGGCCUUCAUGUGUCUGCCAAACCAUGAUUGGUUGUCUUGGAUGCACGGGAAUAUCAUCCACUCGGUUCUGAUUCCUCAUAC